CAAGUCUUGUAGACAGGAGCUUUCCUUUGUUGCUGCAUGUACCAAUCAGAGAUGCUCCCUCCGUUACUAAAUAUUUGUCUUUAUAGAGAUUUCUAUAAAUGACUACAUACGGAGUAAAAUGAGUGAAUCUACACUCUAAAAUAUGUUUAUAUACAUCCGUAUGUAGUUACUUGUUUAUAUAUCUAGAAAGACAAAUAUUUAGGAACGGAGGGAGUAUUUUACUUGAAGCUACAUGCUGGUGCUGCAACUAACCUUCAUUAUGAGAUGGUGAUUGCUACUCACAAAUCACAGUCUACUUUUAUCCCGAAAGUGAAACGAGUUUCGUUCCCCUCCGCACAUAUGGUCUCUAAAAGAAUUGAAAAAUCAGUAAGAGUCACAAUUGCAUUCAUUGGAAGACUUCAGGGAAGACCAGCAGAUGACGUUUGGCAAAUGACAAAUCCCUUCACCGCACUAUUUUUGUGCCUCUUGUUUCUAUAAUUUGACAUGCUUAUUCUCUCUAUAAAGGCUUGUAGCACUCCUACCUUUCCAAGAAAAAGAAGAAGAAAAGAAAUAGGCGCCGUGUUGUGUUUGGGCUCACACCAAUGGCUAUGGUUUGGCGGAUGCUACUGCUCUUUCUUGCAGUGCUCCACGCACAAGCCACCUCCGGAGCACACGGUGAUGGUAACCUCACUCUCCUAUGCCAUUCAGAUGAAGCAGCAACCCUCCUCCAACUAAAGAAAUCCAUCUUAUUCUCUAAAGCCAUCACCAGCCUUCCAUCUUGGCAAGACGGCAGCAACUGUUGUCAUUGGGAAGGUGUUGGCUGCGGUGGCUCCACUGGUCGUGUCACGACCCUCAACCUCAAUGGUCGUGGCUUGAUCAGCCCAGGUCUUGACCCUGUGAUCUUUAAUCUCACCUCUCUCCGAUUUCUCGACCUUAGCAUGAAUGACUUUAGCGGAAAGUCCAUGAUAAGUGGAUUUAGCGGCUAUAGCAUGCCCACUGUUGGAUUCGAGAGACUUACUUUUCUCGCCCACCUCAACCUCUCCAAAUCAGGAUUUGAGGGUGAAAUCCCUAUUGCCAUCGGCAAACUUGAGAAUCUUGUCUCCUUAGAUCUUUCUAUUGACGUGGAAGAUGACUUCCUACUGAACUCGUCAUGGAUAUCUGAUUUUCAAGGCCUAGUGGGGAACCUCCGCAAUCUGAGAGAGCUCUACCUUGAUGGUGUGGAUAUGUCUCGUAGCGGAGAAGGGUGGUGUGACACUCUAGUUAAAUCUACUCCUCGUCUUCAGGUUCUUAGCUUGGGGGAGUGUUAUCUCUACGGUCCGAUCCACCAAUCCCUUUUGAACCUCAGCUCUCUAACUGUGAUCAAUCUCCAAAGCAACAGUGAUAUCUUUGCUGGACGGUUUCCAGAGUUCUUCAUGGAUUUUGUCAAUUUAACUGUGCUUCAAGUUUAUGAUAAUAAUCUUGAGGGAUGGUUCCCUCCUAGGAUCUUCCAGUCGAAAAGACUAAGGUUCCUUGAUUUGUCUGGCAAUACAGCCCUUUCCGGGAGUUUGCUGAACUUUUCUGAUGCAAGGUCUUUACAUUCUUUGAUACUAUAUGAGACCAACUUUUCAUUUUCUAAACCAAGCUCUUUCAGCAAUUUCUUCUCAUUGCAAGAGUUAGCUCUCGAUGCAAAAUAUAUUUCUGCUGAGUUUCGCUCUUCACUCAAUAUGCUUCCCUCUUUGAGCGUAUUGUGGCUCAGUGGGUUGGGCUUCUCAGGAGAGUUAGAAUCAACAUUUUCAUGGAUUCGGGACCUGAAGAACUUGGCAGGCUUGGUACUUUUCGAAUGCGACCUCUCUAGCACAAAAUCGUCCUCCAUUAGCAACUUCAACAGCUUGAGAAGACUGAGUAUUUUCACUUGCAACCUCACUAUGCCAAUACUAUCUGCAGUUGGUAAUCUCAUGGACUUGCAAAGCUUGGUUAUAUCUGGUUGUGGACUAAGUGGGCCGAUGCCAUCUUCAAUUGGCAACCUCACAAAUUUAAGAACAUUGGAUAUCUCUUAUUGUGAUUUUCUAGGGCCAAUCCCAAUUUCAAUUGGCAAUCUCGUGAAUUUGAGAAGCCUGAGUCUAUCUUCUUCUCGCUUUUCUGGACCCAUGCCCUCUGAAAUGGGCAACAUCACGAAUUUAAGAAGCUUGCAUAUCAUUGAUUGCGGUUUUCCAGGGCCAGUGCCAUCUACAAUUGGCAAUCUCGUGAAUUUGAGAAGCAUGCAUCUAUUAUAUUCUAACUUUUCUGGGCCAAUACCGUGCACAAUUGGCAACCUCAGUAGGUUGCAAAGCAUGCAACUCGAGUGCAAGCUUUCUGGGACAAUACCAUAUGAAAUUGGGCAGCUCAAGGAGUUGACAUCUUUCGUACUUGGAGGUAACAACUUUACUGGGGAAAUACCAAAUUCUGUUGGUAAUUUGACUAAUCUGCAGUAUUUGGAUCUCUCACGGAAUUAUCUCAACGGGGAAAUUCCAGCUUCUCUCUCCAAUCUUCCAUUGCAACACUUGGAUCUUUCUCAGAACCAACUUUCUGGCCCUAUAAAGGAGUUCACGGUGGCAUCUUUGGGCUUGGAGUACUUGGACCUAGGCGUGAAUGAAUUGACUGGGCAGAUUCCAAGGUCCAUUCUUGACCUCACAAGUUUAAGAAAACUGUUUAUUGAAUGGAACAACUUGGUAGGUUUGGUGCAACUUACCUCAUUUUGGAGGCUAAGAAACCUAAUUGAUCUGAGGCUUUCGCACAAUAAAUUGUCUAUCGUGGAUGGAGAAGGCAAUAAUAACUCCUCAACCUAUCUCUCUAGAAUUUCCACCUUAGAGCUUGCGUGUUGCAACAUAACCAAAUUUCCGACUGUUUUGGCACGUGUUAGCUAUGUGCGUGAUUUGGAUCUCUCAUGCAAUAGACUCAGUGGGGACAUACCAGAUCGGAUAUGGGGGAGAUGGAACAAUAGUCUUUCAUAUUUAAAUCUUUCACACAACCUGUUCACCGGUAUGCAACUUAAUUCAUAUUUUCUCCCUUCAAGUACACUGGAAAUUCUUGAUCUUAGUGCUAAUCGUCUCGAGGGGCAGAUUCCUAUACCAUACUCGCCAUUGUUAUUUGUGGAUUAUUCACACAAUAAUUUCUCUUCUGUUCUUCCAAACUUCACUUCAUAUCUUGGUACCACAUAUCUCAGCAUGUCCAACAACAGUAUAAAUGGAUGCAUGACAGAUUCAGUUUGCAGUGGAAUUAUGGGUGUGUUUGACCUAUCCUACAACAAUUUUAGUGGGCCGAUUCCUGCCUGUCUGAUAGAAAGUGGUGGACUGAUGGUGUUAAAUUUGAGGGAAAAUAACUUUGAAGGGACGUUGCCAUCCAAAAUUACAAGUGAAUGUACUUUCCAGACAAUAGAUUUACAUGGCAAUAAGAUUGAGGGGAAGCUUCCGAGGGCACUUUCUAACUGCAGUAAGUUGGAGGUUCUUGACAUUGGAAACAACCUGUUACUUGAUACUUUCCCAUCUUGGCUAGGGGAGCUUCCCAAUCUUUAUGUUCUUAUCUUAAGAUCCAACCAAUUCUAUGGUUCGGUAGAUGAUGUUGUUGGGAAUUACCAAACCAGAGAGUACUUCCCUACCUUGCAAAUUAUUGAUCUUGCUGCGAACAACUUCUCUGGCAAUUUAAAUUCAAAAUGGUUUAGAAAAUUAAAAUCAAUGAUGAUGAGGUUCAAUAGUGCAGGAGAUAUUGUCAGUGCUAAAAACAUACCAGGUAUUCAGGCAUUCUACCAGGACACUGUAGUGAUAACAUACAAGGGCUCCGAGGUGACAUUUGGAAGGAUCCUGACCACUUUAACAGCAAUUGACCUUUCAAAUAAUAGAUUGGAAGGUACCAUUCCUGAGUCAGUUGGACAACUUGUUUCACUGCGCGUACUGAACAUGUCACACAAUGCAUUCACGGGAAAAAUUCCAACCCAGCUUGGCGGUGUGACUGAUCUGGAGUCACUAGACAUGUCUUGCAACCAACUCGCUGGGGAGAUUCCACAGGAACUCACAAAUCUCACCUCUCUGGCCACCCUGAACUUGUCCGACAACCGGUUGGUGGGGAAGAUACCGCAGUCAGGCCAGUUCCUCACAUUUGACAUCAAUUCAUUCGAAGGGAAUUUGGGGUUGUGUGGACCGCCAUUCUCCAAGCCUUGUGGCGUAUCACUUGCUCCUCCAAGCCCUGCCCGUGUGGAGAAGUCUUCUAAUGUGGAUGUCAUCCUGUUUCUCUUUGUCGGGCUGGGCUUCGGUGUUGGAUUUGCAGCUGCCAUUCUGAUGAGAUGGGGUCGAAUCAGAAAAUGGUUUGUUAAAUCUGCAAGAGCUUUGUGGACUUGAUCUGAUCUGGGAGACUAUUCCCUGGUGCAAGCAUGUUGUCCUGGAAGAGAGCUUAUUCCUCUGCAGCAGUCGUUGCUUUUGAAGAAGUACUGUAAGUAUAGGCUUUUUAUCUACUUGUAUACUUUUUGUGCUGUGAUUCAUGUAUUAAGCCCCUGCUGCACCUUAUCUCCUGUGGUGUAUGCUAUACAAUAUUGCUUGGGGUUAGAUUAGAUGGCUGGGCAUCUUUGUAAUCCAUCUCCUGUAUCUGUUUGUUGUUAUUUCCAGUUUUAAGUGUGAUCAUGCAUAUGUUUAGCCUGGAGAUGAAUCUUGUAACCAUUAUGUUAU